UGCUAACUAGUGUUAGCGCCUAGCAAAUACUGAUAGACUUUCAGUCAAAUGCUAGUUAGCAUUUGAGCUAGCGCUAUUUAGCAAGUUCCUUCAAACUGAACGUAGAGACACAAAUGGUAUCCACGAGUUCAUCCAACUCUGGGGAAGUAGAUAAAAGGGACUCAUUGCCAAAAUCCCAAAGUAUCCCUUUAAGCCAAGAGGUCCGAACCUCUUGAAAAGGUGCUAGGUAUUGGGUUGUGGCUACAUUAUAAACAUCACAACACAUUUUCAAAUGGCACAAGAAUGGGAAGAUCAGGGGCCAACGGACUGCACCUGGUUCGGAUUUCUAAUAAAUAUGCUGUGUCUCUUUAAGAACAAGUUGCCCGUACAGUAGGUGGCCGCAAUACACCAGUAGGUGCAUUCUGCCAUAAAACUUUAAAGAAGAAGAAGAAGAAGAACAACAACAUCAAUUUGUUUGUCACGUGUCCCUAUGCAGUUUAGAAAGUUUGACAGGAGUUUUACAACAUCAGCUGACGUUUACAUAACUGUUCAAGCGAAUGUAAACGGAAAGUUCAACCCGCUACAAUAUUUGUAAGUUUCUUCAGGUAUAGCGAACAAACUCCUGAAACUCGAGCAUGGAAGUUGUUCAGAAACUGCUAUCGGGAUUCAAUCUUGACCUGGGACUGUUGAAAGAACCUCUGGGAUUUAUUCGGGUUCUAGAAUGGGUGUUCACCAUCUUUGCCUUCGCCACCACAGGGGGUUACUAUGGGACGACCCACCUCAUUGUGAAAUGUGGGGAGCUGGCGCCACAGGUCAUAGAUGCUGGGUUCGGGUACCCCUUCAGGUUGCCUAGCUAUGGCCCUUUCAAGGGGCCGACGUGUAACAGGAACGCCAUGAAUGAGACUUACCUCCAGGGCGACUACUCCUCCUCUGCUGAGUUUUACGUCUGUGUCGGUGUAUUCUGCUUCCUGUACUGCACCGCCACCCUGGUCCUAUACCUGGGAUACCAGCAUGUGUACCGCGAGGGCCGCGGACCCACCUUUGACCUGUUGGUGACUGCUGCCUUUGCCUUCCUGUGGCUGGUGUCCUCCUCUGCCUGGGGGAAGGGCCUGACUGACGUGAAGUGGGCCACCAACCCAAACCACCUGGUUGAGGCCUGCCAGCCCCAGUGCUCACCUGGAAACUUCCCCUCCAUGGGAAUACUCUAUGCCUCUGUGAUUUUCGGAUUUCUGAACCUCAUCCUGUGGACAGGUAACUGUUGGUUCAUCUUUAAGGAGACUCCCUUCCACAAGGACCCCAACCCACCAGCCACCAUGGAGGAGGGUGGAGUCCCCAGCUCUUAAUUUGCACAGAGCCCAAGCCAAUCGCCAAGGUGCUUGGGACCCACACUGUUUCUCAUGUAACCCUAUUAAGAAGGAAACUAAAACGUCACGCAAAAUUAUGCUUUUUAAUCACCAAUUCCACACAGGCCCCUUUUCAAUGACAGGCCUUAAGCUCAAGCUUCAGGGAAAGUAGUUAGGCUGUGUUUAUUUACACAGGCAGCCCGAUCCUGAUAUAUAUUUUUUUAAGUUCUGAUGUGAAAAGAUCUGUGAUUAUUAUAUUAUUGGCCAAAAGGCCAAUUAAAAAUAAAAUAAUUGGGGUGCCUGUGUAAACACAGCCUAAGUUGCCCAACUCUAACCCUCCACCACAGCGACCCCUGGUUGUUGUUUUUAUACUCUGCAUAGAGUUGGUCAGUUAAUGUGAAUGAUUUGCUAGCUGCAGUCAACACUACCCCAAUUUACAGGUGUAAACCCUGAACCAUUUAAAAAAAUGGUAUUUCCAUUCCAAAAUAAGUGCCUUGCGUUAACUGUACGUAAAAUAUAUUCAGUUACUGUGAACGUGGCUUGAGUUGAACACUAUGAAAGGAAUCUGGGUAUCUGUGAUUUUCAAAAUGUCUGAUUUGGUAGCUUCCUCUAGAGCAGGUACUUUCAAACACAUAGGCCUAGUACAAAAUGUCCCAACAGGGCUCGGACUCACUACUGUAGCUGAACUGUGACUCGAAUGGGGAAGUCCAGUAAUGCUGCUGUUGACAGCACAGGCGGCCGGUUGUACCUUAAUUAGGGAGGACGGGCUCUUAAGUAAUGGCUGGAACAGAAUCAAUGGAAUGGUAUCGAACACAUAAAACGCAUGGUUUCCAUGUCUUUGAUUCCAUUCACUCCAUUCCUGCUAUUAUUAUGAGCCGUCCUCCUGUGGUUGACAUACACUAAUUGUCUGGCCGUCAGUCCCCUCCUUUUCCAUGAAUCUGAUAAAGGAGAUGAGGUCAAAGGUAAUGUUGAAAUCACCUGCUCUAGGUUGCCUUUCAGGUCAAAGUUUGGUCCUAUAAAUUAAAAAACAAUUUAACUACUGUAACUUCAGUAACUCUCCAAUAUUCCACUACUACUACAUGUUUUCAAACAGACCUCAUGGAUACAUGGACGUUGCAUUUCUGUCAUGUUCUGAACACGUACUGCUUUGGUGCACUAAACUCGUCAGCGCUGUGUUAGCUACUUGAUCCCACAAUCGCUCCUGAUGUUCAAUGCGUUUCUCUCUUUGAAGUGUAUGGCUUUUUGUCUUUGUUAUUCAUAAUCAAAUCAAAAUCAUUUUAUUCGUCACAUGCUUCAUGAACAACCGGUGUGGACUAACAGUGAAAUGCUUACUUGCAGAUGAACAUAUGAACAGUGCCUUGGUUAUUUACACCAAAUAUAGCAGUAACACCAACUAAUAUGGACUACAUUCAAGUUGAGAACACAUUUCUAAUAACUGCUGUCAAUGUUUUAGUUAUUCAAACUGUCAGUGCCUAUAUUUCAGCGCAAUGCUGGUUGGUGUAUUGUUUACUCAAUACCUGCAGAUAACUGUUGCAUUUUUGUGGAAAUUACUCAAAUGAAGCCAAACUCUUUUUAAAUUAUUGUUUUGUAAAGUUGUGACAUUGAAACAACUAAAACACAAAGUUACCUCCAGUAUUUGACUCUUCUCAAAAUGUUUGUUGGACGAUAAACCGAAAAAUUAUCGACACCGACCACUUAUCGCAGGCAUUUUGCUGAUAACGUUCAUUACGAUAAGUAGCCUAUAGUAGAUAAAUGUGAAGUUUGAAAUAACUUUGCUAAUAUGGGUGAUUGUUAUAGCCAUCAAUUGUCCCAUUAACAAUCGUAGUAGUUUAAAGGGUAAUUUUUUAACUUGUUAUAAAAUGUUGUUCUAUUUAUCGUUAUUGCAUCAAUUCAGGCAUUUUAUCGCGAUAUGGUUUUGUCUGUCGCCCAGCUCUAGUUUGAACAGGAAAAAGCGACUUUCGAAUGAUGUUAUUAUUUGGUAUUUUUUUAACUUACAUUAAUAAUAAUACAAACUUUCAUGGCUUCAGUGCGUUUUAGAAAAUAUCUAUAACUUGUGCAACUUCUCUCCCUGAAUAAGUUUUAUGCCUGCAUGGUUGUAUUUUAUUUGUUUUUGCUGUUUUGUCACACCACUGGGCUAGCUACAGACUCUCAUUGAAGAAUGGUAAAUGGCGCUGCCAUGUAACACAAAUGGCAACAUGUAGGUGCCAAAAUUAAUGAAUCCUUCAGUAUUUCUUGAAUAUUGUUGUUUUGUUUUUGUUUUUCUCACUCAUUGGUCCUACAUUUUAAUUUAGCCAAUGAUUGCAUUUGAUGGUUAUGUGGGGAUGACCUAUGUCCUGCUCCUAUGGGAAGUAAAUGGAACUUGUUAUUUUGUUUUUGCUUUGCACUAAUUGUUUUGUAAUUAAUGUCAUUUUGACAUCCUGUUCCUUAUGAGUGUUGUGAUUUGAGGCCUCUAGUGAUUUACAUAGGGAAGGCUUAAGUCAAUCAGUCAUCAAAGGACACUGAUCUUUUAGAACAUUUGUGCCAUUUUUUAAUUUGAAUAGAAAGAAUCUAGCUUUUUAGGAUAAAUCAGGGUUGGCCUUUAUUGUCUGAUGGGAUUUCUGAAAUGUGACUUCUAUUUUGUGCCUUGUUUGUACAAAUGAAACAUGAUAAUGUCUGUACAUCCUCAGUAUUGACACUGCAUUAAAGGAUGAGAGAGCUGCAA